AUGGUCAUCAACUCCGCACGGAUGAGCAUUUCCGAUGCAGCUGAUGGAGGUACAGGCCUGUACAGGCUGUCGCUUGUUACGCUUUUGGACGAGCUUCGGCGGAUGUACGCCUAUCGAGUGCAGGUUCAUGGACUGGUUGCUCUCCUCCAAGCGCCGGUUACUAACGUCACCGGAGCCGAGAAAAGGCUCGUUACCGACGUCACCGCUACAAAGUCAAUCGCCGCUCAGAUCCUCGAUUUACCUCCGUUCCAGUCAGCCUGCGGUCCUGCCUUUACGGCAUCUUACAUCAACUUGGCGAGUGGCCUGAAUUGGGAUGUUAGCUUGUAG